AUAAUGGCUGAAAUUGAUUGCAGAUAGCAGUAUCAAACUUGUUGCUGGCUUUCCGAGGGAUGAGAUCAGACAGUGCUUCUCAAGCCAGCACUAGUGAUCGAGACAGAGAGACGGACAGACAGCGAGCGAGCGAGAGAGAGACAGAGGACAGAAGCAGUGCUCAGCUUAGACUCACUCUCACAUGGUGCUGGAUUAAAGGCUUUGAGAGAGACAGACAGAAAGGAAAGACCAACAAAAAAGGGAGACGAGCGUUUCAACUGAGAGGUUCCAGCUCCGGCGGUCUCAAGUCAGUGGAUGGAUGCAAGUUUGGAGCCACUGUAAGCGGCGGCAGCGGGUGCAGUGUCCCAGCGCCUCCCUUUCCAGCUCUCAACAACUGCCCCCCACCCCCAACCUCUUCCCCACCCCUUCCCGUCCGCUUCGCCCUGUCCACCGCCUGGUUCCUGGGCACUUGUCGCUGGAUCAAGGGGGGAAACUCAGCUCCCCCCACCAUCCCCUCUCCCUUGAUCGAUCAGAGCAGCGCCCGGGGACUUCAUUUCUCCCGGCGAAUGGGGGGGUGGGGGCUGGUAGUGGAGGGAGGGAGGUGUUAAACAAAGAGAAAAUUAAGAAUUGAUGACUAAACCCAAGAAUUUAUUUUAAAACCAGCAACAACUACUACAAAAUAAUGAGGAUAUGAAGGGUGAAAUUGUCAUUGUAGAGAGAGAGUGUGUUUAGAAUCACAAUGUGAAUCUGAGAGGGUGACUUUCUUCCUCAAUGUUUUCGAAAUUUUUAAACAAUUCUCUUUUAGACUUUGGAUACUGAAGGGGGGGGGGAUCGCAUUUAUUUUCCUCUUCUUAUUUACUCGUCUUGUUGAUUUUAAUUUGGGGAGGUUUUCAAAUUCUCUAUUUCUUUUGCCCCCUCUCUCUGGGAUUUAAAUUAGCCCUCGGGGCUCCCUCCCGGUUGUCAUGCCGUAUUGAUCAGGUUGGACCUGGGGUGGGGGGGGUGGGCUUUGGGAAGUUAUGUUCGGCCUGGAUCAGUUCAGCAGGAGCGGUGGUGGCCCGGGAGGGGAGAGAAACUUCAGCCAGGCUGCUCUGGUUAUGUCGGGUCACUAUAAAAGCCCAACGUUCCCCGGGGCCAGUGGCAGCGCUAUGGACGAGCAGGCUCUGGGUCCCCUUGAGCCCCCCAUGCUGGGUCUGGGGAUGAACCCGUCCUUGGGCGGGGAACCGUACGCCUUCCACCCCCGAGGGGGGCACUCGGAGCUGCACGGCGGGGCCGGGGCCCUGCAGCCGCCCCAGGCUCCGGCAGCGGCGGGGAGCACGGCGGCGCCUCCUCCUGGUGGCCCCCAGCCGCCCCAGGCUCCUCCACCGCCGCCUCCUACAGCAGCAGCUGCUGGUCCCCCGCCGCAGCCCCAGCCCCAGGCCGCCCAUGGCUACUUCCCCGGCGGCCCCCACCCGCACGGGCACCCCCACUUCAGCGGCAGCUUCUGCGGGACCGAGCCUGGCCAUUCGUGCCUGCACGGGGGACGUCUGCUGGGCACCCCUGGCUACAGCAGCAACCCCUUGGCUGGGCAACCGCAUGCUUUCGGGGACAGCUAUGACCCCCUGGGGGAGAAUCAGACUGCAGGAGGGGGAGGGGGUGGGGGAGGGGGUGGGGCUGGAGGAGGGGGGCCAGGCGAAGGCUUUGCACAGCAGGCAGCACCGGUGGGGAGGCCAGGUAACCUCUCAGAGUACCACCAGCACCACACCCCGUCCUCCAACCACACUCCCUGCCUCCCCCUGGACCAGUCUCCCAACCGAGCUGCCUCCUUCCAUGGCCUUCCAGCCUCUUCCACAUCCGAGGCGCAUGGACUGGAACAGAGGCGCCUGCAGAACCAGCCAGCUGUGGACUCCAUGGAGUACAACUACCAGAAUGACCCCCCUACCAGGCCCUUCGACAUGCCCGUGUUCUCUCCCUCGGAGUCUGGUGCCCAGCUUCCUCACUAUGGCCCAGGCCGGCACGUGCCUGGGGGCAACUUUCCUGCCAAUGCCCCCAUGCCCAGGACUCCCGGCCUGGUGAGCUUGGGCAAGAUCCACCCUCAGCAGCAGCACGGGAUGUUCUACGAAAGGUUUGGGAAUGCUCGAAAAAUGCAGGUGGGCAUGGAGUCUAGUGUGGCUGCCAGGAAUCCUCUCAUGCAGCAACAGGCAGGUUUGCUCGCGCGGCAGAACUCUUGUCCCCCAGCGAUACCUCGGCAGCAGCAAGCGGAGGCAGGGGCUCCGAACUCCAGUCUCCAGGACACUGGGGCAAUGAUGCCGAAUCAGCACGCUCCUUUUGAGUACCCCAUUCAAAGAUUAGAGAACAGGAAUAUGCACCCUUACAGCGACCCCAUGUUCAAUGUUCAGCAGCAGCCCAAUCAGAGACUACAGCAUUUUGAUGCUCCAUAUCUCAAUGUGGCAAAGCGGCCAAGGUUUGACUUUCCAAAUAACCACAACGUGGACAAUUGUGCUACUUGGAGUAGCAACAGUAUGCACAACGCAAGUUUAGAAAACCAUCUAUCACCCUCUGCAUACCCUGGGCUUCCCAAUGAGUUUUCACCACCUGGUCCUGAGGGCUUCCCCCCAGGGCCUCCUCUGCAACAUCCUGGGGCUGAUCAACAGUCCCUGCAGCAGCGGCAAAACAUGCUGAUGAUGUUCAAGCAGAUGGUAUCGAGGAACCAACGGCACAGGAUGAGGCAACCUGAACUCCAGCACCUCAGCCACCAUGCUGACGUUAACCAAAACAGCAUAGUGCACAGUGGCCAGGUGGCAAACAUGUCGCAGCCCAGCUUUGAGAGGGAAAGUAGUGGGAGGAUGCCCGGUUUCGAUCCUCAGAAUCCACAGAUGGGCCAGGAGAAUGCCUGGUUCUCUGGCCAUCACCCGUCGGGCGAGAUGCUUCAGAGAAGGAUGGGUGGCUCUGCCGUGCCUCCUGAAGGCAGCCCCCAUGAAUCUGUCCAGAUGAAUUUACAGCAGAAUGGUUCAGGUAUGCUGUUUAGGCCAGGUGGGAAUGGACUGGGGAUGCAAGAGCCAAUGAGAAUGCCGGGUGACGGACACGUACAGGGUUUGCACUCGCCUGGGAUGCACUCCCAGUUUGCCAACAACAUGGCCAAUGUUGCGCAGAUGCAGUCACCCAGCGGGGGUAUGGGCCUCCCCAACACGUCGACUGAUCGAAGAGCCGGACCUGAUUUCCAAGGUACCCCAAUGGGCGGACAACCAGGCUUUCCGUUUGGGGGGCCAAACCGACCCUCAAACCCACACAACAAUCCCCCUGGAGUGGCCCCAUCACCCGGUACCUACCCACCCCCCCAAUCUGAAUUUCAGGCCAACCAGCGGUCCUCCUUGAGCAAGAUAGGAUCGCUGUCGCUGGGCUCCUUCAGCAAGCCCGGUUCAAAGGAUAACACCAUUUAUGGACAGAGUUGCUUGGCUGCUCUGUCCACGGCUUGCCAGAACAUGAUUGCCAGUUUAGGUGCUCCGAACCUCAACGUCACCUUUAAUAAAAAGAACCAAAAUGAAGGGAAACGGAAACUGAGCCAAACUGAGCAGGACAGUGUUGGGCCAAGCAGUGGGGGUGGUGGUGGGAAUGUUGGUGGGCCCUCGACUGGCAGCACGGGCAAUGGGUCUGAGUAUUUCCAAGGCAGCACUCAGCAGAACAGUCAGAUGGGGGUUUCUGGCAGUGUAAGUGGCAAGCUGGGCACAUCUACAGCACAGAAUACCACGCAGGGGCCUAACCCACCGUCCCAACCAGAGUGCAACCUGUCCCCAAACUAUGCCUUGGAGGCCAUCCCGAGCGAAGGCAAAGGACAGACGGGGCGAGGGAGAGGCCGGAGAAAACGGGAUAGUGGCCACGUCAGCCCGGGGAAUUUUUUUGACAAAUACUCAGCUGAAAAUGUGAAUCCUGGGGUCAGUCCAGGGCAGCAGGGUCAGUCUAGUCACGCUGGUGACCGAGGUGGCACCCCUCAGGAUAAAUCCCUCACCUCCCCAUCAUGGGGAAAAGGGAACGACCUUCUGCUCCCUGACCAACCUGACCUCAUGUCCUCCCUGGAUAGCGGAAUUCAAAGUGUGACGAAAUCAGAUGGCAGCUCGCCUCAGGUUGACUUCUCAGAUGAUGUCAGCAACAACUAUGGGAAUGAAGACGAGGUGUCCUCGAGCUCUGACAACAACAUACCCAAGACCACCCGGUUAGUGACCAGCUCCCCCAAGCUGCAGCGAGCUGACCACAGUCUGCUCAGUGGCCAGAAACCUAUGGGCCAUGGCAUGCUCAAUGCACACCCGAACAGCAACACUACCUCCAACACAGGGCCUGGCGCUGACAGCUUUGGGCUUGGCAGCACUGGCAGUGGGCACCCGGGCACACCAGGCAUGGAGCAGGUUCGCACCCCGACCAGCACGUCAACCCAGGACGAGAUUCACCCGCUGGAGAUUCUGCAAGCGCAGAUCCAGCUGCAGCGGCAACAGUUUAGCAUAUCUGAGGACCAGCCUCUCGCCAUGAAGAACAAAAAAGCCGAGUGCCCCGGCCAGAAUGGGGACACAGAACUGGCCACUUGUGGCACAGACACUAGUAAGGCUGCCAUCAGCACGAUAGACAUUGAAUCAUUGAUGGCAGAGCAUAACUCUACCUGGUACAUGCCCAAUGACAAGGCCAUGAUGGAUCCACAGGAUGAAGACAAGCAAAUGGCACCAUGGGAAAAGGCCAAGUCUGCAAGUACCAACAAAGAAGCCCACGAGCUUUCCCAGAACAAGGCUUCAUCAGUCCAGACUGGCAGCCAUUUGCAGUGCCUGUCGGUUCACUGCACAGACGACCUUACUGACUCUAAAGGCCGGAGCCCCAUGCAAACUUGGAGAUCUUUGCAUUCGGACAUCUCUAAUCGAUUUGGGACAUUCGUGGCUGCUUUGACCUGAACAGAGAUGAAUUUUCUUUUGUUUUUUUUUUGUUGUUGUUUUCUCCUCUCGGCUGCUGCAGUGCGACAGACAGACAGGACAUCAAAACAAGUAAAAGUUGUAGUCAAGAAAGCUUCCGGGCCCCUUGCUGGCACUUUGCCUCAGUACCUGCGACACUGGUGGCCUGGAAAGGGUUAAUUACAAGUCUGCGCCUCCUGGUGUUUGCCACAGUGGCUUGCCCAAUACCAGGCCUGUUGGAUUACUCAAAAAAAAUAAGUUAACAGAGACCGGUCCUAAACUUUGUUGAACAGACCGUUUGUUAUUGGGAUUGUACGACGCUCUCUUUCCCGGAUUCCUUGCACUUAUAUCUGAUUUCUUCCCUGGCCCUCCCACACCCUCUGGGCACUGGCUUCCCAGGCAACAACCUCACAGUCAAAAACCAAUGCACUGUUGGCAAUAUUUUUGUUUUCAGACUUUGUUCACCAGGAAUCCAAAGUUCGCCAUGUGUAAACAUCGGUCAAAACUGGCUCGAAUUGGGUUCUCACCUCGACCAAUAUCAGGCAAGGAACAGCAGAGAAGCAGGGUGAGGGGUGGGGAUUGAGGUUCGAGUUUGGAUACUUUUCUUUGUUGAUGCGGUAAUUUGUUGAUAACCUCAGCCACUCAUGGCUCCAUGUCACGAGGUGCAGAAGUAAACUUGGGGAAAUGGAAACUUGAGUUCCGAAGCUCGAUUCGCAUUUCAUCCUUUCUGGACUAAAGAAAAAUGGACGGGUUGCUUGAUUCAGUUUAUUCCACAGAGUCGUCAUCGAGCCCAUAGUAGACCGUGAUCAAUCUGUGUUCAUUAUGUUUGAAUUUCUGGGACAAAUAUGUAUUAAAAAACACACACAUGCUCAAAAUGUCACUAGUUUCCCAUAACCAUUGCAUUGCUGUGUUGUUUAUAAAACCACAUUUCAUUCACUUGGACAAUGUUUAAAGUGUGUGAUGCAGCAGCAAGGCAUGCAGGGGCUAUGAUGAGAAAAUCAAAACAAUGUUUACAAGGUGCAGCAAGAAUGAACAAUAAGGGUAGAAUUUACCCCAAGGUGCAGUCAGUUGUCCACAUCCUGUGCAAUAUCAUUUGCACUUAAUCCCUCCACUGAGAAACAUCACAUCAUAUUGAAGGAUAUGAGGCAAAAGCAGGUCUAUAGACCACAGAUUAGACAUGAUCUCAUUAAGUGAUGGAUAGUGCUGAAUAGAAUAGUCCUGUUCUUUUGUUCCAGCAGAUAUAUAGACUUAGAGGAUCAUUAAUAGUAAUUGCAGUAUUGGGAGUAGUGAAAGAGCUAUAACUCAUGCCAAAAAAAUUAUUGAGGGAACAGAUCCUACUUAUUCAUCUCCUUGGCUAUUUUCUCCCAGUUAACGAGUGUUUUUUUUUUGUCAUAGACCCAUCAGUAGAUUUUUUUUUCACUGACAUCAUUGAUCACCCUCUCCACACCCAGAAAUCUCCCAUUCAAAAAAUACCAGGUGCUGUGUGAGUACUCCUGAGGAUAGCAGUGCCUGUUAUCACCCUAAUCCUCUUGCAUUUGUUGUGCAAGUGAAAACAGUGGGAAAAAAAAACAUGGAGAAAUCCAAAUCCAGGAAGACUUAUGGGACACACAUCUGAGAGGGAGAUGGUCAACGUCUUUUCCUGUAUUGCUCAAGUUCCUCUUCAAGCUUUUUGACUUGGAAUCAUAUUGCCAUUCUUUCACGUUCCUGGGUCAAAAUCCUGGAACAGCCUGACAACACUGUGGUUGUCCCCAAACCCCAAAGAUUGUAGUGGCUCUAGAAGGCAGCUCACCACGACCUUUUCCAAGGCAAUUAGGCAAGGGGGAUAAAUGCUAGCCAGUGACACCCGCAUGACAUGAAUGAAUUGGAAAAAGUUCUUUCAUACAUGAAUGGGAGAUCUCCUAAGGUAGUAUGGAUAUACAUAAGCCCUAGUUAUAUGAUCGAACAUCUCAGCAAUAAUGGGUAGGAUGCUAUAAUCUAACAAUGUGCAUGCAGUUGUGUGCACAGGGCACUGACUGAGAUACAAGUCUGAGAUAUUUUAGACUUUAUGGGAACUAAGAUUUUUUUGAAACUUGCAUUGAAGGCCCAAAGUCAGGGGCUUGAUUCUGUGCACGAUUUGGCCAUCUCAGGUUGGUUCCGUCAUUGUGAAAGGGAACUAACCAUUGCUGAGUCAAUUGCGUGCCAGUUGUAAUUUCCCACUGUGAUUUUGUCUCCAGUUAGAUAAGAGUGCAUUUUCAGGUAGAAGCAGGAGCAAGGAAUGGACAAGGUGAAUGAUCUUAGUGUUGAACGUACAAUGGGAACUGACUCAGUAGGUGUACUGAGCCACACAGAUCAGGCAGCUCCCAGGCUUGGUCAGUUUUGUUUUGUCUGACCUGCAUUAGUUGGGCUUAGCUAGGAGUAGCAAUGGGGAUCUUAAAUGGGUCUUUGUGCCCUUGAAGGUAAGAGCAGGGAAAGUCAGACAGAGUUCCUGUUUCUGAUAACCCACCAACUCCCCACCCAAGGAAUACGUGUGUGCAUGUAGGUAUAUACAUAUAUGCUUUCGUUAUGAGGGAACAAGAUCAAACUUGGCUGUAAUGUUCCCUUUUCUGAUUAAGUGCAUGUAUGAAGAAUGGCCACAGGAACAAAAGUUCUCAAGGGUAGUUGGAUGGAACAGAGAAAACUGGUAAAAGACGAAGCUGUCUGAUCCUCAUAGCAUACUUGACAUGUUGUACAUUGUGUCUCAGAGUGGAACAUAAGAACUAGGAGCAGGAGUAGGCUGUCCGGCCCUUCGAGCCUGCUCCGCCGUUCAAUAAGAUCAUGGCUGAUCUUUUCGUGGACUCAGAUCCACUUACCCGUGUUCUCACCGUAUCCCUUAAUUCCUUUAUUGUUCAAAAAAAACUACCUUAUCUUUAAAAACAUUUACUGAAGUAGUGUCAACUACUUCACUGAGCAAGGAAUUCCAUAGAUUAACAACCCUCUGGGUGAAGAAGUUCCUUCUCAAUUCAGUCCUAAAUCUGCUCUCUCUAAUCUUGAGGCUAUGCCCUGUUGUCCUAGCUUCACCUGCCGGUGGAAACAUCCUCUCUACUUCUAUCUUAUCUAUUCCCUUCAUAAUUUUAUAUGUUUCUAUAAGAUCCCCCCUCAAUCUUCUGAAUUCCAAUGAAUAUAAUCCCAAUCUACUCAGUCUGUCUUCAUAAGCCAACCUCUUCAACUCCAGAAUCAACCUAGUGAACCUCCUUUGUACCCCCUCCAGUGCCAGUACAUCCUUUCUCAAGUAAGGAGACCAAAACUGUACAUAGUACUCCAGGUGUGGCCUCAACAGCACCUUGUACAGCUGCAACAUAACCCCUCUGCUUUUAAUCUCAAUCCCUUUAGCAAUGAAGGACAAAAUUCCGUUUGCCUUCCUAAUUACUUGUUGUACCUGCAGACUCACCUUCUGUGAUUCAUGCACAAGGACACCCAGAUCCCUCUGCAUAGCAGCAUGCUGCAACUUUUUACCAUUCAAGUAAUAAUCCUUUUUACUAUUACUCCUACCAAUGACUUCACAUUUAUUUACAUUGUAUUCCAUUUGCCAGACCUUUGCCCACUCACUCAAUGUAUCUAUGUUCCUCUGCAAAGUUGCACAGUCCUCUGCACACUUUGCUUUGCCACUCAUCUUAGUGUCAUCUGCAAAUUUUGACACCCUACAUGUGGUCCCCAACUCCAAAUCAUCUAUAUAAAUUGUAAAUAAUUGCGGUCCCUACACCGAUCCCUGAGGCACACCACUAGUUACUGACUGCCAGCUAGAAUAGCACUCAUUUAUCCCCACUCUUUGCUCAGGUGGCCUGGGGUCAGGAGGGAUGUUGAUGUGGGAGUGAGCGACUAUGUUUUAUGGUUACCUUGCUCCAGUAAAAUGUUGUCCCAAGUGUGCACCAUUAGGGUUAGGUUCUACUUUAUAUCCCCAGGGUUAUGGACCGGCAAUUCUUUUCAUUGCUACACUGCAACCAACGUGGAAAACAAUGGUAAAAAGAUCCAGACAAUAGUUCUAUCCAUUAGAUAAAUUGGGAGUUGCACAGUGGAUUAUUUAUCCCACAGCCAGCACUAAACUCAUUCUGUUUCACUCCAUAGAAAUAGAUGCUGAGUCGAUUGAAGAGAGAGCCGGGCAAUUUUCAUUUACCAUUUAUGCCUGCUCAUGCCCCUGUCAGAACUUAUACCAUUAUUAUAAUGAUUGAUAGUUUAUCCACACAAGUUUUAGAAAACAGAACUUUUUGGCAGUUCAGGCUCAAUGGGCUGAAGGGCCUUUUCUGUACUGUGAUUCUGUGAAAAUAGUUUGAUCCUUUGGAACCCCUGGACACGUUAAUUAACCGAUAGUUGGUUUGCAAGGACUAAACAAUAUGAAUUACACAAUAGAUUACACAAAACAUAUCUGGUGCUCAGAUUACAUAACACACUUUGACUUCAGCAAGUGAGUUGCUCAAUUUCUGGGAAUCACUCCCACCUACCCCCUCAAGUUUCUAUCUUAUCUCUAGUUUUUGAUUUUUUUGUGGAUAUAUUUUUAGUUCACACUCCACAAUUUGAAUUGUACAAUUUAAGUUCGAUCUUUGGCACUUCCGUGAAGCAACAUUGCCAUCCUUGAGGGGUGCAGUGGUUAAGUGGAAUGAAGUGAGUAAAUCAAUUCAGCUUUUUAAAACACCAGAAAAUAAAAACUGAAAUUCCCAAGACAUCUGUUGCCUUUAUUUCCAUCAUGUAUUUUGAACUGGGUGAAGCCACACACACACAUAGACACACACAAAAUGCUGGAAAUCACAGCUGGUCAGGCAGCAUCCAUCCAUCUUCAGUAUAGAUUCUAGCAUCUGCAAUAAUUUGCUCCUACACUGAAACUUAUGUUUUCUGGGUAUUUUCCACACUUGAUUUUAAACGAGUGAAUUUAUAAUUCCUGAAACAUUGAACAAACUUAAAGUUCCCAAGAGCGAGUUAGAGAGAGGGUGUUUAGUUUAAACAGCGAGGAGCACAGCUUUGGCUUUAUGCAACGUGAUCCUCAACCCUGUUUUGUAGUAUUUUUCAAUGAGCCUUUACAUUGGAGAUGACAUUGGAGGUAUCAGCAAUUUCUUCCGGUUGUUCCAUGGAGCUCAUGUUCACUCUGCUUCCAAGUAGCAUUGACAGGUAGUUACACACUGGUAAGCAGACGUAUUCUUUUCUUAAAAGUUAACAGUAGGCAAAAUGAAAUAUCUAAUUAUUAAAUUGACAUUAAUGCUCAUCUUAAAUAUUUGGACUGUGUUUUGCCGAUCAAAAUCCCUUUAUUUUUCAACUUUGGGUGCUUAAUCUUUGAGAAUGAAAUGUUACGCCCCCUGUUUUGCUCACAGCUUGGGGGGGUCUGUUCAUUGUGAAGGAGAUUCAGUCCAGAGUGGAUUCUGUUUCCACUGCCUAUCUUCCUUUCCAUUGUGGUUUUGGUGCGUAUAACGGCAGCAACCCAGUACAGCUUAUCACAAUGCAAAUGGUGAUUUAUGCCAAGUGUUAUGUGUUGCCUGACAUACAAUCUGCUUGAAGCACAUGUUUCCUCACAGUGUCACUUACUCUGUUGAAUAACUUUGAUCCCACACGUAGCACCUUUUGGUGUCAUCCGAUUUUUAUAGACUAACAGGAUAAUAACUGUUGGAUUCCAAACAGUGUAACCCAUUCCACACAAUGUCCCUGCCUGUAGCUUUGUUUGAACCGUAAACUGUGUUGUGUAAUGUUAAGCUCAGAAUCUGCCCAAAAGUCAGUGUGCAGAGGUAAAGUUGUUCAACAAGUUUAAUGGUGUUGGGAUAUUUCACUGCCCUUACAAACAUUGUACUGGUACAUUGAAGCGUCUUGUAACAUGCUGUUGUUCCCACGGUAGAGUGUUGCAUAAUCUGUCAUAGACCUGCAUCCCCAUCUGUCAUCUGCUGGCAGACAUUUAUUAAUUAGUUUGCUUUGUGAGAGUAAAAUUUGGGACGUUUUUUGGUGUAUUUUUUAAACAAUACUUAUUUUAAUCUCAUAUCCAAAUUCCUUUACCCUCUCACCCAUUUUUAUUUCAGUUAUUGACUUCAACCGCAUAUCCAACCUGUAUCUUCCAUUCCCCUACUCCGGACAAAUAAUCAGCUCCAGCCUCACUAAUCAGCCAUCACUCUAUCAGUUGCCAUAUAAGGUGCCUUGGCACUUCAUUUCUCUCAAUCCGCCUCAUUUGUGUUUCAGAAAAGUCUUUUAAUCUAUCCCUUGCUCUGUGUGCUAUUCUUUCUCCAGGAAAUUCACGUUGCCAUAUUUUCAUGCUCCAGCCCUCUCUAACCAUUAAAUCUAAACUUACCUUAGAAACUUCACAAUUAUUACUUUGGUUUAUGUAUUAAGCACUCAAGGUUCUAUAGAUUUGUUUUCAUUCACUCCUAGCACCAACCAUGACUAUCCUGAGCUGCUUCAUUAUACAGUGCUCUCAAUGGCUGCUAUUCUGUCCUGGGAUUCAAACAGUGAAUAAAGAGGUGAAAGGAAUGAUCUCUUAUCUGCUGCAGAGCCUUUCCACCAUCAGUCAAAGCCCUUCAUACUCCCUAACCUAUCUAGUGUGUUACCAGUCCUGAAGCCAGAAUCACUGUUCCAUCUAAUAUUAAAUUAUUGUGUGAGAUUUGGGGUAUGAUUAAUUUGCUUAUUUUAUGAUUGUGGUCAAUUUUGGUUGUUCUUGAGAGUAGGGGUAAAAAUAAAUAUGCAUUAGACAGACAUGGAAAACAGGUCAGCCUGUACAUUGAAAGAUUACAGUGGCCCUCUCCAUAUCAUGGUGCCCUGAUUGGUUAACAAAAUGUUCCUUUAAGAAACUGGGGUGAGGUGGGAUGAAGCAUCACCAAUUCAUUCUCUGACUGCAGCUUAAGGACAGUUGCACAUGUAACAGUAUGAACUGAUAAAUCCUUUCUGGGUGCUUUGACAAAAACUGUUGCCACUUUGAAAUUUGAAGUUUCUCUUUGGCUCUGUCUCACACAAUGCUGCUUUGGUCUUUGUUGACUGACUGGAGCAGUUCCCACGGUUUUUAUUUUUGAGUGUUUUGUCUCACUGAGUGCAACAGGACUUAUUUUUGGAAACAGAAAAGAAGAAAAAAAUCUGGACACUGUACUGUAGGUGCAUUCGCCUGUACUCAUGCCUAAUGUAUACAUAUGUUUUAAUGAGACUCAAGAAGAUGAAUAAACUAUAAUGCAAGUUAUAACUCAA